AUGGGCGAUCCCAUCUUUCGCAAGGGGGAUAGAGUGAAGCUGAAAGGCUUAGUGAAUAAGCCCGCAUUGAAUGGUUUGCUGGGUACAGUUCUGGCUGAUCGUCAUGAUGGUCGCUAUCAGAUUCAACUGGAUGGGCAUGAGGCCAAGGAUGCCAAACUCCUUGCUCCUGGAAGGCUGGCCAAAUUGCAUCACCAGAUGCCUCCGGCAACAUUCGUAGAUAUCCCACAAGCAUGCACAGGGAGGGUUGAUGGCGGCACAGGCCUGGUUGGGGUACAUGGUCUCACGACAUCAAACAUCGGCCAAUGUGCCAUUUGUGUUAUCCUGCGCACCUCUCGCGCUUCAAUGACCCACGUGGAUAACGCCAUGAGCCUGAGCUUCCUGCAGUCGGAAGUCGCCUGGGUUGGAGAGCAUGCAAAGAUUCUUAUUUAUACGAAUGAGACGGAUGCAGACUGCUAUGCAAACCGGAACCGCUUGAUGGAGCAUAUUGGAACUGGCGGCCUUUCAGCAGAGUUCAGAAAGAUCUCCUCUCCAAACACAGCGGAGGCUGGCUUAACAGACUUGAGCGUGGAAUUGCUGGCGGGGGGCGCUUUGAGCCGGCCCAAGGUUGCUUGUAGCUCGAUGCCAAGUUUUGUGGUGAAACACCCUCGGGCUGUGGCAAUCACGGCGGCUACGAAGGUUUGCGACCAUUUAAAGCUGCUACGUCUGGGAGACCCAGUGGGACAUUUAGUCUUUGAUUGUUGGCACUGGUGCAGCAUUGCGGUCGCGAAUCUCUUGCCAGAGAAAAUCCAAAGUUUCAUACAAGGACUUCCCAUCACAUCUACCUUGAGUCCUCUGCUGGAUGCAGUGCGGCAGGAAUUUGCCAAGGGUCUUAAACAACCUGAGAUAUGGAACACGCUGUACGGCCUCUCCAAAAUGCGCCCAGAAGAUAUUUUGGCGAUUCAGAUGAGCCCUGGCAGAGACCAUGAUCGAUGUCUGUUUUUGGCUCAUGUUCUGCGCCUCAGGCAGGACAGCAUGGGUCUUCAUCAGUUUGUGGUGGACAGCAUCAUUCAGAGCGUCAAUGAUGUUUCCUCUGGAGCUCCAGAGGGGCUUCUGAACGGUCUUCAUGAUAUGGUUGCAGAUAGUACCACAGAAGAGUUCAUCCUGGGAGCAAGGCAAGCUUGUUGUAGUAUGCUGCCGGAGAAAGGCCGAGAAAAGUUGGAUGCUUUAUUCGAACAGCUGAACAUGCAUUUCAUCACUGGCAAUGCACCCUUUUGGGAUGGCAGCUGGAGGCAGCAGCUCAGUGUUUGUUUGGUGGAAACUGUGCAUGAGGAACACGAGCAAAGGCUGAAACUGCACCGCCAACAUGCGCAACACUGUGCCGCAGAAGGCGUGGCAGCCUUCAAAGCAGACAAGUGUCACUUGGCAGCUUUGGCUUUUGAGGCAUGUGUGUGCUGGACACUGCUGACGUACUGUCGGGGUAAUAAAGAAUUCAGCACCGCCCUUUACAACUACGGCUCCUCCACGGCUUCUACAGAGCCACUGUUAGCAAAGAAAUUCCUCGAGCUCGCCAUUCAGUCUGCCGAGCAAGCGGUGCAGAAGGCCAAAUACAGCUUCAAACUCCAAGAAGUCCAGGCCUUACUUGAUGGGACGGCUCGGGACCCUCCAGAUGUUCAGGUUCCAUCACGGGGAGGUGAGAGCACGAUUUUGGAGGUGCAGGAGCUGGCUGUUCAACUGGAGGCUAUAGCCUCCAAGCUACGUAGUCUCGAGGUGGAGUUGAAGGCCGGGGAGGUCAUGGCGCCCCAGGAAGUCACCACAAAGAACGAGUGCCAGCAGUGGAUUUCGGAAAGGCUUGGCAUCAAACUUCCCUGGCACCUCACACAGUAG